AGCCCCACGGGAGUGAGAGCCCCUGGCUCCCCCCACCCCGCCAAGCAGGGUGGGACCGAUACACUUUGCGCCCGCCUUGGGGGGUCCUUCCCACUCCUCCGCUAGCUCCUGCCUGUCUCUGACCCCGCACGCCCUGGGCUUCUCCAUGUAUGGCGACUCCUAUAUCCAUGGCUUCGAGGACUCCGAGGUGGGCUCAGCCGAUUCCUACACCAGCCGGCCGUCCUUGGACUCAGACGUGUCCCUGGAGGAGGAGAGCGAGACGGCCCAGCGCGAGGUGGAGAACCAGGCACAACAGCAGCUGGAGAGAGCCAAGCACAAGCCGGUAGCAUUUGCCGUACGUACCAAUGUCAGCUACUGCGGGGCCCUGGAUGAGGAGUGCCCUGUGCAGGGCUCCGCCAUCAACUUCGAAGCCAAAGAUUUCCUGCACAUCAAGGAGAAAUACAGCAAUGACUGGUGGAUCGGGCGGCUAGUGAAGGAGGGGGGGGACGUCGCUUUCAUCCCCAGUCCCCAGCGGCUGGAGGCCGUGCAGCUGAAGCAGGAGCAGAAAGCCAGGAGAUCUGGCAACGCCUCCGGCCUCGGGGACCCCAGCAAGCGGCGAUCGCCUCCCCCGUCCUUAGCAAAACAGAAGCAAAAGCAGGCAGAGCACAUCCCGCCCUACGACGUGGUUCCCUCCAUGAGACCAGUGGUGCUGGUGGGCCCCUCCCUGAAAGGAUAUGAGGUGACGGACAUGAUGCAGAAAGCGCUCUUCGACUUCCUCAAGCACAGGUUUGAUGGCAGGAUCUCGAUCACCCGCGUCACCGCCGACCUGUCCCUCGCCAAGCGCUCCGUCCUCAACAACCCGGGCAAGCGCGCCAUCAUUGAACGCUCCGCCACCCGCUCCAGCAUCGCUGAGGUGCAGAGCGAGAUCGAGCGCAUCUUCGAGCUGGCCAAGGCCCUGCAGCUGGUGGUGCUGGAUGCCGACACCAUCAAUCACCCGGCUCAGCUGGCAAAGACCUCGCUGGCCCCCAUCGUGGUCUACGUCAAGGUGUCCUCGCCCAAGGUGCUGCAGCGGCUGAUCAAAUCCCGGGGCAAGUCCCAGGUGAAGCACCUCAACGUGCAGAUGAUGGCAGCAGACAAGCUGGUGCAGUGCCCACCGGAGCUCUUUGACGUGAUCCUGGACGAGAACCAGCUGGAGGACGCCUGUGAGCACCUGGCCGAGUACCUGGAGGUGUACUGGAGAGCCACACACCCCCCACUGGGCGGGCAGCCCCUCCUGACGCCACCCGCCGCCAUCCCGGGCCUGCAGAACCAGCAGCUGCUGGGGGAGCGGGGAGGGGAGCACUCCCCCCUAGAGCACGACAGCCUGAUGCAGUCCGAUGAGGCGAGCGAGACCUCCCACAAGCCCUGGGCGGCCACCUCGCAGCACAGCGCCCAGCCCCUGGAGGACGAGUACCCAGACCCCUACCCGGAGCUGUACCAGCCCCACCGGCACCACAACAGCGGCCUGCACAGCGCCAACGGGCACUACUCUCAGGACCGGCUCCUGCAGCGCGAGGCCGAGCAGACCCACAACGACAGGAACAGGCAGUGCACCAGGCCCUGGGCCAAGGACAGCUACUGACGGGCACCAGCCCGGGCUCGCCCACCGACUGCACCGCUCCCCACUGUCAGAGCAGCCCCAUGGAGCCUGGCCUCCCAGCCUUCCCCCAAACACAGCCCCCCUUGCCAGGCGUGCAGCCCCUCCUGCAGCUGCUGGGGUCACACACUCCCUAACUGGACUACUGGGGGGGAGGAAAAGCCAUCUGUCCUCAGUCCCCCUGCCCCCGCUAGGCAUUGCUCAGACAAUCUCCCUGGAGGGAACCCCCCGGCCAGGGCACUGUUCUCACCCUGUCCAGCUGUGAGAGGAGAGGACACCUGGGGUCUAUGCACUGGCUGGCCCCUGCUCCAGGCCUCAGUUUCCCUGGUUAAAACUGCAUAGCUGGCAGUGCUUGUUCCAAGCCCCUCCGGCCCCCUUGGCCUCUGCCAUGGGGCUGGGCUGGGCUCCCUGGGGCAGGGCCUGGGAGUCCAGCUAACGGCACAAUUUGCUAAGUGCAAAACCCCUAAGGGGAGGGUGAGGAGCCUGGAUGCUGCCCCCCUCCCCUCCUUCAGUGGAGCUCAGCCCUGAUUCCUCCUCAGCCUGCCCCCCACAUCCACCGGCCCGGCCCCAUGGCCCACACCCAUAACCACUAGCAUCCAGCCACGACACAGAGAAGCCUGUGCAUAGUGCACCCCACUGCCCUGGACUGGCCACUGUGCGCCUGAGGGGGGCACAGGUGCUACCCGACUAGCGGCAGAAGGAGAUUCCCCCCUGCCUCGGGGGGGCCGGGAAGCAUGGAGCGGCCACGGAUUUGUUACAGCUCUUGUAUAGGAAGCACUUGCUGCCCUGACAACCUGUAGCCUGUUUAACAAAGAAGCGUUUGCAGUUUAGAGAUGGUGUUUGCGUGUUUGCCAGUUAGGGCCAGAACCCGGCAGCCUGUGCUCACUGAGGGGCGGGGGGGGGCAAGGGGCUGGGCACCAGAACCCCCCAGCCUGUGCUCACCAAGGGAGAACAAGGGCUCUUUCCAAACCCGACCUCCCAAACCCAUGGGGAGUAAAACUUUGCAGGUGGCCCUGGCAGCACAAGGGGUCCCACUCAAGCAUGCAGCAGCUCCCCCAACUUCUAUGGGCUCUGUGGAUCAGGGCCAGGGCUGGCCUGUCCUUCCCCCUGGGGGCAUGGUAGGGGUCCCCGCAGGCAGAGGUGGAGGAGCAGCGUGGGAGCUGGUUGAGACACAGCCCUGCCCUGUCCCCUUACCACAUCAGGCCUGGCUCUCCCCGGGCACCCCGUCCAGCCACAGGGGGUGAGGGCGGCAUGGCCAAUGUCCUGCGCACACAGACGCUCUCGGCAGCUUUAUUCCUGCUUUUCGCCUCAGAGUCAACAAGAAUUUAUACAUAAAAAAGGGCCCAAGCGAGAAUCCCACUGGCUGAUGGGAACACAGGAACAACGCCCCCAAAAGGAUAGCAGGUGCCAGCAAAAGCUCCUGGGAGCUAGUAGGGGCCAGAUCUCUCACACCCCCACCCCCACCGCUGUCCCCAUACCAGGUGAGAAGGGUUUGGCUUAACCCCUUAAAACAAUGGGUGGAGGGGGCUCUGCCCCCUCAAGGCCAGGGCCCCCCUGGGGAGAGGCAGCCUGCGGGCACUGCUGAGCCCCACGGCCUCGGCCGCCUGCAAAUGGCAGGAGUUGAGGCUACAGGCUGGAGGAGGGAGGAGCUGGCUGGUGGCUGCUCAGUCCCAGCUUUUCUGCACAGGGACCAGCCCCUGACACUUCCUGGGAGUCAGGACUGGAUGGGGAUCAGGAGCCGGGCACAGCCCCACCCCGCGGGGGACCGGAGCACAGCCAGCCUAGUUUGGUCCUAGGUGUUCUCCUGGCAAGCACUGUCCUCGGUGGAGCACCGGGACCCAGCCUGAGGGGCCUGGCUCCGGAUCCAGGCUCUGUUUAAAGCUCAGGCCUGGGAACACAAGGACAGAGUUGCUGCCCCAAACGGGGGCUCUUCCUCCAUCAGUCCCGCUUUGACCGAGGGGCUGGGGGUCACAAAUGACCUGCAGAGCUCCCCGC